AUGCUUCAAAGUGAACUUCAAUAUUUACCGGAAUUAGCGAAAUGCCGUCGUCGUGGUCAUAAAUUACCACCACGAACUUUUACCUAUGGUAUCACAAUCCCACGACGCGACGGUGGAGUACCGGAAGCCAUGUGCCAUGGGCCCGAGAAAGAACGCUCUUCGAAUCCUGAUUAUGAGUUUGUACGUGACUAUUCUGCAUUAAAUAAAGCAGCACUUGAAGCAGGUAUGGUAAAUGCCAAAGAUCAGUCCCGUUUUCGAACAGUACAAGACAUAAAGAAGAAAGUUUUCGUACGCGACGUUUCGCAUUCAAAGAAAACACGCAAGUUUGACGACGAUAUGAUAUUUGGUAAUGCUAACAGACCGUCGACACCCAUCGCUGAAGUUUUACAAAACCGUUUUCUGAACAAUUGGCUGGAUACAAUGCAGAAUAAACAAGCCGCCUUGGAAAAAGAACGUGCCGACGCAGCGAAUGCCUUCAAAGGAAGUUAUCAUACAAAAUCGUCGCUUCUUCGUCAAGCGAAAAUACCUGUUGAACCAAAACCUUUAUGGAAAAUGUCGAAAUUUGCUAAUGGUGAAAAUCAAGUCGAUUCAUUUCGUACCGAAACUGAACGUCGUCGAGCAUUCAGCGCAAAUUCCUAUGAUUCAAUACCUCGCCAAGGUGUUUAUCAUACUGGAAUCUACAACGUUCCACGUACUACGGUCAAAACAUAA